AUGUCACCACACAACGAGCAAUUCACUUCUGAAAUUCCCGCAGCGCCCACUACUGUUAGGGUGAAUUCGCCUAACGUUCAUUACACUAACACCCAUAUCUACGCCGACUACGUCUACAACAACGCCACUAUUCAAACCAACCCUGACGGCACUGUUGAUGUCAACCCUACAGAAACUAGAUAUCAUUUUAAAACUGACUUGAAAAUUCCACGAGUUGGAUUAAUGAUGGUAGGAUGGGGCGGAAACAAUGGAUCCACUCUAACCGCCAGUAUUAUCGCCAAUCGUCGUGGAAUCUCUUGGCGUACCAAAGACGGCAUCAAAACUCCCAAUUACUUUGGUUCUGUUGUACAGGCGUCAACCUUGAAACUCGGCGUCGACGCGAAGGGCAAUGAUAUGUAUAUCCCAUUCAGUCAAAUUCUCCCGAUGGUGCAUCCAAAUGAGUUAGUUCUCGGUGGUUGGGACAUCAGCUCUCUCAAUCUUGCUCAAGCCAUGGAACGCGCCAAAGUUCUUGACUAUGAUCUUCAACGUCAAGUAGCGUCCGAACUCGAGCUUCUUAAACCUUUGCCAUCUAUCUAUUAUCCAGACUUUAUCGCCGCGAAUCAGAGUGAUCGUGCCGAUAAUUUGAUUCCAGGCACCAAUAAAAAAGAACAUCUUGAACAUAUUCGUAACGACAUACGUGAAUUCAAGAGCAUAAAUCGUCUUGACAAAGUUAUCGUGGUGUGGACUGCUAACACCGAACGUUACGCUGAAAUCAUCCCCGGCGUCAAUGAUACCGCUGAUAAUCUUUUGGCUGCCGUUGAAAAAAGUCAUUCGGAAAUCGCGCCAUCCACUAUUUUCGCAUUGGCCUGUAUUCUCGAAAAGACACCCUUCAUUAAUGGGUCUCCGCAAAAUACUUUUGUUCCUGGAUGUAUUGAAUUGGCUGAGCGUGAACGCGUCUAUAUUGGGGGCGAUGAUUUCAAAUCCGGUCAGACUAAAGUAAAGUCGGUGUUGGUUGAUUUCUUGGUGAACGCUGGUAUCAAACCCAUCGGUAUUACUUCCUACAAUCAUCUCGGAAACAACGAUGGCAAGAAUCUAUCAGCUCCGAAGCAAUUCCGUUCCAAAGAGAUUUCAAAAAGUAACGUUGUCGAUGAUAUGGUUGCUGCUAAUCACAUCCUUUAUAAACCUGGAGAACAUCCUGAUCACGUUGUUGUGAUCAAAUACGUUCCGUCUGUCGGCGACUCUAAACGUGCUUUGGACGAAUAUUUCUCGGAAAUCUUUAUGGGAGGUAAAAAUACGAUCUCUAUCUAUAAUACAUGUGAAGAUUCGCUUUUGGCGUCCCCGCUCAUCUUGGACUUGGUAAUCAUUACCGAGCUGAUGACCCGUAUUGAAUAUCGCAUAGAAGGCAUGGCAAACUUUGCCCCGUUCGAUUCGGUUCUCUCCAUUUUGAGCUUUAUGCUUAAAGCGCCCCUUGUUCCAUCUGGCACGCCCGUGGUUAACGCGUUGAGCAAACAACGCAUGGCUAUGGAGAAUCUGUUCCGUGCUUGUAUUGGAUUGUCGCCUCAAAAUGACAUGUUGUUGGAACAUAAGGCUCCUUUCAUUCAAGUUUAG